AUGCUCGCUGAUGUGUCUCCUCUGCAAGCGCAGAAGCCCAUUCUGGUGAAGGACUACUCGAAUCUGUACCAGGCCAACGGCCAACAGCUGGGCACAGGAGGCAUCAGCUUCAUGAGGAGUGAUUGGGCGGCGCGAAUCCCUGACAAGACCCAGCUAGCAUCCUGGGCGACUGGGCCCUACUUCCCAUACCCCUACCUCAACAUCACCGGCCAUGUCAAGGUGGCAGUGCCCGAUCCAAUUCCCCUGGACCCUGCUCGGGACGUGCCCCUUGACACCCUGGGCUCCACCUGGAUCGUGGCUGCUGGACCCAGCGCACCAGGACAGCCAGACUACAGAGGCUACCAGUGGGCCAUACUCAGCGCGGGGGCCCCGACAACGCCGUCGAACGGAGCCUGCCGCACGGGGUCUUCGAACAUCUUGCUGGAGCGAGUGCAGACUCGCAACAUCGGCCUCUGGCUAUACUCGCGCAUCCCCGCCGACCCCACCAACCUACAGCUCAUGCUGCAGGAGGCGCAGGCGCUGGGCUUUGACAUCAGCGUGCUGCAGCCGGUGCAGCAGGCAGGCUGUGUGUAUGCCGGCGCGCCUCAGUAG